AUGCCCUCCGCCAGCGAAAAGCCCCUCAGCGCCUUUGAGCGCCGCCGCCUCGAGAACCGCCAAGCCAACAACGAACUCAUCAGCGAGCUCUCCGAAGUCGCCUCCAAGAUCCUCCCCGUCCCCGCCCCCACCACCACCACCUCCUCGACCUCGUCCCACAAGCGCCGCGCCGCCGCCGCCGACGCCCCCGUCAAGCGCGAACAGCCCACGCGCCGCACCCGCGCCAGCGCCCGCCUCGCCGGCAUCGAAGCCGACAGCGAGGUCGAGAAGCGCAAGUUCGAGGCCGAGCACGAGGCCGCCGCCGACCAAAAGGCCGCUAAACGCUACCGCGUCAGCCGCGACCUCGUCCUCGGCGAGAUCGGCGUCGACGGGAAGAAGUGGGACAACGAUGUCCAGGGGCUCAAGGACAUGUUUCGCGGCGCCCAGCCCGGCGUGCCCACCUUUUCCGAGGAUGACAUCGAGGAGGCCACCGACGAGACCCUCAAGAAGCUCAGGGUGCGCAUGGGCGGCUUGGCUCUCUACGAGAAACCCACUCCCGCACCAUCUCCGCCAUCCUCUUCUCCCCGCCGACCACAACGCCGUCUACUCCUCCUCCUACGACUCCUCCAUCCGCAAGCUCGACAUCGCCAAGGGCCUCUCCGCCCAGGUCUACGCCCCCGCGACCCCGCCGAGGACGCCCCCAUCUCCGCCCUCGACGCCGCCCACGCCGACCCCCAGCUCCUCUACUUCUCCACCCUCCAGGGCCUCGUCGGCCGCGUCGACCUCCGCGACCCCGCCAACACCGUCGAGCAGUGGGUCCUCUCCGAGCAAAAGAUUGGCGGCUUCUCCCUCCACCCGACCCAGCCCCAUCUUCUCGCCACCGCCUCCCUCGACCGCACCGUCAAGAUCUGGGACCUGCGCAAGAUGUCCGGCUCCGGCGACGACAAGGCCCCUGCCCUCGUCGCCGAGCACCCUUCCCGCCUCUCCGUCUCCCACGCCGCCUGGGGCCCGGCGGCCACCUCGCCACUUCGUCCUACGACAACACCAUCAAAAUCUACUCCUUCCCCGACGCCGCCCACCCAUGUCGUGCCCCAUAACAACCAGACCGGCCGGUGGGUUACUAUCCUCAAGCCCCAGUGGCAGCAGCAACCCCACGACGGCAUCCCCAAGUUCGUCAUCGGCAACAUGAACCGCUUCGUCGACGUCUACGCCGCCGACGGCCGCCAGCUCGCCCAGCUCAACGGCGACGGCAUCUCCGCUGUCCCUGCCGUCGCCCAGUUCCAUCCCACCUUGGAUUGGGUCGCCGGCGGCACCGCCAGCGGGAAGCUGUGCUUGUGGAUGUGA